AUGUCAAACUUUGUCACGCCGGGCCAGCAGCGCUACCUGCGCGCAUGCAUGGUCUGCUCCAUCGUCAUGACCUACUCGGUGCGCUCGACCUGCCUCUCCCCUUUGCGUCGGCGUCGAAAGCUAACGGGUUGGCAGCGCUUCCGUGACGAGGGAUGCCCCAACUGCGAAGAAUUCUUGCACCUCGCCGGCUCGCAGGACCAGAUAGAGAGCUGUACCUCGCAGGUUUUCGAGGGGGUCAUCACGCUUGCGAAUCCGGCGAAAUCGUGGGUGGCCAAAUGGCAGCGGCUGGAUGGCUACGUGGCGGGCGUGUAUGCGAUCAAGGUGUCGGGACAGUUGCCGGAUGAGAUGCGGUCCACGCUGGAAGAGGAGUAUAGGAUACAGUAUAUCCCACGAGAUGGUACCGAGACGGAGGCGGAUGCGUAA